CUCCGUCCAGUCUUUUUGUUUUUCCUUGUGCACAUUGCCUUGCCCCCUUGCUUCAUUCCUCACUUUUUUUCUGUACAUAACUACUUCACGUCCCUUCCCUCAAAAAUAUGAGCACACAGGCUAUUGUCGAUAGGAUCGCUCGGAAGAAGCAGGAGCUGGCGGCGCUGAGGCGGAUACAGGCGCUGUCGGAGUCCACAGACGCACAUUGUAUGGAACUCAACCGGCAAAUGAGCAAAGUAGUCCAGCAGUAUGCAGCCAUGCUGGCCAUUGCCAAAGGCUGGUCAAACGCCUUUGAGAGCGCAGUGCUGGUGGAUGUCCCGCAGUCCACCAACGCUGACGACGAUUCGGAGCAGCCAGAGAGCGUCAUUCGGAUACCGGUCGAGAGCGACGGCCAGCAGUGAGAGAACGAAAAGCACCCUUUCUCGCAGCUCAGCACACCAUACUAGCAUUUAUUUCUUCUUAGCGCCCCCAUGUGUCCCUCCCGAAUAUACUCCAGCCAUAUAUGGCAUCUACUCUA